GCGCGCCCGGGAACUACGAGGAGGCCGGGGCGAAGGGCGGGGGCUCAAGGGAAGUUCCGAGGCGGCCCGUCUGUGCGACCGGAGCUAACGGGAGGCCCAGGCGAGCGGGCUAAACACUUUUAAGAUGAGAAAAGUUGAUCUCUGUUUGAGCUCUGAAGGGGCUGAAGUGAUUUUAGCUACAUCAAGUGAUGAAAAACACCCACCUGAAAAUAUCAUUGAUGGGAGUCCAGAAACAUUUUGGACCACCACAGGAAUGUUUCCCCAGGAGUUCAUUAUUUGUUUCCACAAACAUGUAAAGAUUGAAAAGCUUGUAAUCCAGAGUUACUUUGUGCGGACUAUGAGGAUUGAAAAGAGCACAUCUAAAGAGCCAGUUGAUUUUGAGCAGUGGGUUGAAAAAGAUUUAGUACACACAGAGGGGCAGCUUCAAAAUGAAGAAAUUGUGGCACACGAUGGCUACGCCACUUACUUGAGAUUCAUUAUUAUAUCAGCCUUUGAUCAUUUUGCAUCUGUGCAUAGCAUUUCUGCAGAGGGAACAGUAGUCUCAAAUCUUUCUUAGUAAUUAUAACAAAAUGCUCUUGCAUGACAUUU